AUUCCAUGUGGUUCUAACACUUUGUUUUGCAUCAACACAGAGAGUUUGGGGGAUAUGGGAGCGUCCAGCUUCUCUUUCCUUUCUAUACUUUUUCUCUUAUCCUUCUCCAUUUUUGGUUCAACCAAUUCCUCAUGUCCCAUAGAUCUCAGCUAUGUUGAAACCUUCCCAUGGAACACUACACUGUGUCAAGGACCAGAUGUGAAGCACUGCUGCCAGACCCUUCUCAGCCUUUUUGGCAUGGGACUUGCGCAACACCUCAAAGACACCUCCAUGUUCCAACUCCCAGAUGCUGCAGCUUCAUCUUCCUGCCUUUCCGAUCUCCAAACCAAGCUCGUUUCCUUGUCAAUCCAACCCUCUCUGGUCCCCAUCUGCUUUGAGAAUUCAACUCAGUUCGUUGCUAAUCAUUCCAGUUGUGCUGGAAUCAUGACAACCCAAGAUUGGACUGAAAAGCUUGGUUCAAUGACUCCAUUGGACGAGUAUUGCCAGGGAGACUUGAAAGGACUAACUCGAUGUAGCUCCUGCGUGGAUGCUGGCAUGAGGGUUACUUCCCAGUUGGCAGGCCUAGACCCAAAUGGCACAAAAUGCUUUUACUUCACAAUCUUAUAUGCUGCAGGAAUUGUUAAUGAGUUCGGUCCAAAAGAUGCUAGGACUGCUGCUUGCAUCCUUGGCUUAUCUUUGUCUAGCUCAGCAGACAAAUCAUCGAGCCAUUGGAGCAAAAAGACUUCAACCAAGUUGAUUUUUGGAUGCUUGGGUUCUGUUCUUGGUGUUUUACUUGCUUUGGGAGUGGUCAUCCUGUACAGGAAAUGGGGAAAGAAACAAAGGCAAAAUGCUUUGCAUGAAGAAUAUGUGAGCAGUUUCAGAGCUAGUGUGUUACCUAACUCAGGGGCAAAGUGGUUUCAGGUAUCGGAGCUUGAACAAGCUACAAAUGGAUUUUCUCAGAGGAAUUUGAUUGGCCAAGGCUCAUUUGGGGUUGUGUACAAAGGAACUCUUGCAGAUGGCACCUUGGUUGCUGUGAAGCAAAUUCUUGAUCUGGACUCGAAAGGGGAUGAGGAGUUCUGCAAUGAAGUUGAGAUCAUUAGCAAAAUAAGGCACAGAAACCUUCUUUCUCUUCGAGGUUGCUGUGUUACAAGCGAUAACCUGAAAGGUAAGAGGAGGUUUUUGGUUUAUGAUUUCAUGUCAAAUGGCAGUCUCAACGACCAAUUGUAUACUUCUGGCUCCUAUCAUGAACAUAGCAGAAAGAAACUAACAUGGCCUCAGCGCAAGAACAUAAUCCUUGAUGUGGCCAAAGGGCUUGGUUACUUACACCAUGGAAUCCAACCCGCCAUUUAUCACCGAGACAUAAAGACAACCAACAUACUUUUAGACUCGGAAAUGAAGGCUAAAGUUGCAGAUUUCGGGUUAGCAAAGCAAAACAAUGCAGGCCAAUCUCAUCUUACCACCAGAGUUGCAGGCACACAUGGGUAUUUGGCACCUGAGUACGCACUCUAUGGACAACUAACAGAGAAGAGCGAUGUCUACAGCUUUGGGAUUGUGAUUCUUGAGAUUAUGAGUGGAAGGAAAGUGCUGGACACAUCAAACUCCUCAGUGCUGCUGAUCACUGAUUGGGCUUGGAUGCUUGCAAAAUCAGGACAUGUGAAGGAAAUCUUUGAUGAAUCAAUAAGGGAAGAAGGGCCAAAAGGUGUGAUGGAGAGGUUUGUGCUUGUGGGGAUGCUUUGUGCCCAUGUUAUGGUGGCUUUUAGGCCUACCAUUGCAGAGGCACUCAAAAUGUUGGAGGGUGACAUUGAUAUUCCUAAAUUACCAGACAGGCCAUUGCCACUUAGUCACGAGUCCUUUAGAUCUUCGCUGCUGAAUAGUGUGUCAACACCAAGAAGUGAGAUAUCAAGGCUCAGCUCAAGCAUUAGCAGUGUGUAGAUUUGAUAUCUUUGCACGAGACUCUGAAAAACUUGGUAGUGAGAAAUUUUUUUGGGUUUGCAUUUUAUUGGGUAAACAUCCAAACCCACCAGCCAACUUUUGAAUAUUCAAAUCAGAUCUUCAAAGAUGGCUGUUGUUGACAUGUACUAAAGCUUUUUAUUUUCCUUUUAUUUUCUUUUUAUUUUCCCCGGUUUAUAGUACUAGUCAACUCUGAAAUCACAUGGACAGAUUGCAAUGAAAGA